AUGGACUCGGCCACAACAGAUGGAAGCUGUAACAACCCGAGCUCACCACCCACCAGAUCAACUGUUGGUAGUCAAGUCUCUGUCACCGGAGAGUUUGUACUUGGUUCGAACAUAACUGCCUCGCCACAUGCUCAUACGCUUGAGUUGUCUCAUCAGCCCCCAGUAUCUUCGCCAGAGGAUUACUCAUCCACAUCCUACUUGAAUACUCCGACCAGCGACUCUUGCUAUCUCCCCACAUCUACUUCUCAGUCUUAUCCUCGCUUUGCAAGCUUGUCCUCGCCAGCCCUCGACUCACUUUGGGAUCAACCAGGUCAAGCGCAGGAGGGGUCUAGAUUAUCGCUCCAUUCACAGCAAGACCACCAACAAUUGACCUCAACUUCCCGUCAAACUGGAAGAUCAGGCAGUAUGAGCACUGUCGCUAUUCAGUUUGAUCCAGUCUUUUCCAUGGGCCCUAGAUCAGCUUUCACAUGGCCUGGUCCCCUUGAGACAAGUGCCUCCAGUAGUAGCAUGCUCAGUCCCGGACUUUCUUCAAUGGGCCACGCCUCUGGAAACAGCCUUACACCUCCACCACAGUCACGAUCUGUGACAUCGAGUCCCCCAAGAUUGUCUCUUUCGGCAGACCAGCGAGAAGUGAAGCGACAAUCAGACAGAGUUCGUCGAGACUCAAGGCUGGUGAACAGAAUGCGCCGCUCCAACAGCAACCCUUACGCCGAAUCCCAGUCGUCGAUGGGACUCCCCAGUGUGACGGAUGCCAUGAACAUUUCAGCUUAUAGCACUGCUCCCGCACCCGUAACUCUUAUGAGUGACACCCCGACGACGAUGAGCAGUUCAACAUACCUGCAGUCUUACAGCCCAGCGUCCCUCGAGGAUCAGCAACCGCAUUCAGCAUCUGUUUACCCGACAUACCCACAAAGCUUACAACCCAACUAUAAUAUGCCUGUGAACUAUGCAGCAGUUUAUGCAGGAUCCAACCAGUAUAGUGCUCGAUCACCGCCUCUACCUGUUGGUCAGGAUGUAGGUUUUAUGUACCAGGUCCCAAACGUCAUGGGCCCUGGAAGCGCACAAGAAGCUGGACACGUCCGUGUUGUGCAAAGUCGACCAAAACCACGAUGCUGGGAACACGGAUGCAAUGGACGACAGUUCUCAACUUUCAGCAACUUGCUGCGGCACCAACGCGAAAAAUCAGGCCAAGCAGCCAAGGCGUCAUGUCCCAACUGCGGUGCGGAAUUCACAAGAACGACAGCACGCAAUGGACACUUACUUCACGACAAGUGUAAAGGUCGACGAAACUCGUGA